GACGCCCACGCUGUUCACGUGGGGCGGCGUGGCCGGCACGGGGCUCGUGUGGGUCACGGACUGGAAGCUGCUGCUGCAGUACGUGCCCUACAUCGGCGGCAAGUACCGGGCCGAGGACUGA